ACAAUGAAACACAGUUCAGUUCUGCUUUUGCAGCUCCUCCUGGGGACGAGCUCAGCUUACACCUAUCAAAAUGUGGCCUUGCGUGGAAAAGCGACCCAGUCAGACCGCUAUUCAAACAUAAUGGGGUCUGCCUACAAUGCUAUUGAUGGAAACCGUGACUCUUACUACGAUGUUGGAUCGUGCACCCACACUGAUGUUCAGACCAACCCUUGGUGGAGAGUGGACCUGCUUGAGCCCUACAUCGUCACCUCCAUCAUCAUCACCAACAGAGGAGACUGCUGUCCAGAGAGGAUCAACGGGGCAGAGAUUCACAUCGGCAACUCUUUACAAGACGGUUGGUGUAAUUUCUCGUAUUCCAGGAGGCAGGUCUUUAAAAAUGACUUUUACCGGACUUGUGCAGGGACGUUAUGUGACUGUGGCUCUACCUGGUUCAAGAAAGAUCCUUACACUCUGUGAAGUGGAGGUCUACGGGUACCGUGCCCCAACUGGAGAGAACCUGGCGCUCCAAGGAAAAGCCACACAGUCGUCACUGCAUUCUACAGGCAUUGCAUAUAAUGCCAUAGAUGGGAAUCGUGCCAGCGCCUGGGCCCAGGGUUCUUGUACUCACACAGCCCACAACUUCAACGCCUGGUGGCGAGUGGAUCUGGGCAAAACCCAUAAAGUGUUUUCUGUUAACGUAACCUCUUAUAGAGAGUCUUACUUACGACUCAAUGGAGCUGAGAUCCGAAUUGGAGAUUCUCUUGAAAACAAUGGCAACAACAAUCCCAGGGUCGGAACAAUCGCUGAAAUUGGUGCAGCCAAAUCGUUCAAUCUGCCUUUAAGCGAUCGUCCGGAGGGACGUUAUGUCACUUUGGUUCUACCGGGUUCCAAAAGGAUUCUUACACUCUGUGAAGUGGAAGUCUACGGGUACCGUGCCCCAACCUCGGAGAACCUGGCUCUCCAAGGAAAAGCCACACAGUCGUCAUUGUAUGGAUUAGGUAUUGCAUAUAAUGCCAUUGAUGGGAAUCGAGCCAGCAGUUGGAAUCAGCCCUCCUGCACUCACACAAACAACGACAUAAACCCCUGGUGGCGACUGAGUCUGCCCAAAACCCACAGAGUGUUUUCUGUUAAGGUAACCAACCGAGAUGAAGUUGAAGAACGAAUCAAUGGAGCUGAGAUCCGAAUUGGAGAUUGCCUCGACAACAACGGCAACAACAAUCCCAGAUGUGCUGUGAUCCCAAGCAUCCCAGCAAGUGCUACUGCUGAAUUCCAGUGUAACGGGAUGGAUGGCCGCUAUAUUAACAUUGUUAUCCCUGGAAGAAGAGAGUACCUGACCCUGUGUGAGGUGGAGGUGUAUGGCUCUGUCCUGGAUUAGCUUUAAAAUGUACUAAACUUGCUAUAAUUCAGACAAUACCGCAUAUGUGCUCAAAAAAAUCAAAAUAACACAUUAAGCUAUACAUUGAUUGUUCACAUGAAAAAUUUUAUUUUAUUAUUGUUCCAUGCCUACUACCAUAACUGUGUUAGUCUCAGGUGCAACAAUCACGUGUGAAAUAGGCCUGCUAUAUUUAGUACAUGACAGCAGUAGUGUGUUAACUGAUCUGUUUUUAUUUCUGUAAUUUAAAAAACUAUAAACAAAUAGUUUGCUAAAUAUUGACAUAUAUAUUUACAGAACAGUUGAGGAUCUCUGUUUUGUAAACAUUUCAACAUUAGAGACAUACAUAAAUGUUUCAGUAUUUUAAAAAAUGAGGAGCUCGCUGGGAUAAGAAUAGAAUAAACAAAUAAAGUUAUAAAAGCUCAAACUCUGCUCAGUUUUCUGUAUAUUAGAUACAUGCUCCCUGGUAUUUACCACAUUGGAAGACCUGUUCACAUCAGUUUAAAAAAUCACAAAGUCACCCAGCCUCACAGUCAAAUUAUUAUUAUAAGGGCCCAUAUUUAAGUAUACAAUUGAGGAAAAAGUGAGCCAUAUAAAAAGUAUUUUAGUAUAUUUAAUCAAGGCUUGAACCCCUUCGCCAAAGCAGUGCUACAGUUUACAUUCAGUCAUCAUCUCAGCCAUUCUAUCGCAGCCCUGUUUUACCUAUGGCAGAUCACAUUUCUUCCAAAAGAAAAAAAAAAAGAUACUGUAUACGUUUUUAUUAUUAGCUACCUAGUGCAAUUAUUUAUUUUUAAUAAAUGUUUUUAUUCAUUAGACAGGCAAAAGCAAGUACAAUGGGAAAUAAUGACUUUUUCUUUUUUUUUUAAAUAACAGAAAUAGGCAGAUCGGGAAAUGAGAUAUGGUGAUAAGUUAAUUGUCGGAGGUGAGCAUUUAAUUUGUCCUGUAGUGUUAGCUAUGUAAUCAAUUAUACAGCCCCAAACAGAGUCAAAUUUUCCAGGUGUCCCCUCAGAUUAUGCUUAAUUUUCUCCAGGUCUAAGUGCAGCAUGAGGUCUUUAAGCCACAUUGAUUUCCAUUCCAACAAAAUUCUUCUACGUGCUAAUAAGGAUGCAAAGGCAAUGUUAUCCUUACAUUUACUCCUAAUUAUUUGAGGAUCU